AUAACAACAAAGGGUGAGAGAGAAGAGAGCAACAGCAACAACAACAGAGAGAGGAUAAAGAUGGAGGGAGAGGGAGAGAGAACUACAGCAACCAAAGUCGCCGACGCCGCCACCGACGUUGCCACAACAACAAAAAAGGGAGCUAUGAGCAAUCUCCCAGUAGGUUGUAGAUUCCACCCAACAGAUGAAGAACUGGUGGGAUUCUACCUGCGUAGCAAGCGAGAGAAGAGAGAGGACUUGGACCGUGUUAUUCCUGUUGUCGACGUUUUCACUCUCGACCCUUGGCAGCUCCCGGGUGAGUCGCUCAUCAGAGAUACUAAUGAAUGGUAUUUCUUCAGUCCAAUGCAAGAAGCCCCGACAGGAAGGCAGAACCGAAAAACGCCGUCGGGGUACUGGAAAGCGACCGGCAAGGAUCGCAGCAUCUCCUCCAACAAUAGAGUCAUCGGCCGGAAGAAAACCAUGGUUUUCUAUAAAGGGUUUGCCCCCAGAGGGGAUAGAACCGACUGGGUGUUACAUGAGUAUAAAGCCCUUGAAGAACCAUCAUCUUCGGAUGCAGUUCCAAAGUUACGAAAUGAAUGUAGCGUAUGCCGAGUAUUCAAAAAAUCGAUGAGCCUAACAUCGUUUGAUCAACAGCCAACGGUCACGAUGACGAGUGGGACAACACCCAAUAUCGAUUUUUGCAUUAGAGAGGGUGAUAGGAGUAGCAGUUUAGGUGAAAUUUCUCAUCAAAAUCCAUUGAAGGUGGCGAGAGCUGAUAGUUUGUCAACGGGCGACCAUGCUUCUCACUCUCUGGCUGAAGAUUCCAUCAACGAAAAAAGGAAGAUGAUCAGCGAUCUCGGCGCUGCUCAUUUGGAUUCGAUUGAUUUUUGGUAAGGAAAUCUACAUUGAUUUGUGAUGGUUAUGGCCAUCCACAUUCACAUGGCGCGUCGUGUGUCAAUCUUUGUGUGGAAUGUGUAGGGCCUAUUGUGGAUGAACCAUAGCCUGAAAAUGACACUAAUUGGAUAAUCAGAAUAAUCCAACUGGUAGAUUUCAAAUGGACGGUUAUGAAUGAAAUGAUCAAUGGUCCAAAUUCACAAGCAAAACCAGAUGGUUGAAAUUAUUCCAUUCUCACGACUUUUAAGCUAUUCUCCAUCCACAAUGGGGCAAUGAUUUGAAUGAUCCAGAUUUCCACUCAUCCAUGCACCUACAUAGACACAACGACUAACAAAAAUGGCUUCUUU